AUGAAGGCCAACGUUAUCGCUGCUACCAUCCUCGCCGCCUUCUCGGCCGGCGCUUUCGCUCAGGAUGGCGAGGACAACGUUCCUACCGGUUUCCCUACUGGUUUCCCUACCGGCGAGCGCCCUACUCAGGUCCCUGGUGCCGCUAAGCCCUCCGGCGGCUUCGGUGGUGGCUUCCCCGGCUUCGGUAACGGCGAGCGCCCCUCUGGCUUCCCUACUGGUUUCCCUACCGGUUUCCCCACUGGCUUCCCCGGCCACGGCGGUGCCCGCCCUACCCAGGUUCCCGGUGCUGCUCAGCCCUCCGGUGGCUUUGGUGGCGGUUUCCCCGGUUUCGGUGGCGGCAACUUCCCCUCUGGCUUCGAGACCCGUAUCCACACCCGCACUCGCGGCGGUGACUCCGAGGCUGACGGGUUCGGCGCUGCUGCCGCUGAGACUGAUGCUCCCACUGGCACCCGCUCCGCCGGCGCCCGCCCUACCGGUAAGGGCCGCGGCCGCGGCAAGGGCAAGGGCAAGGGCAAGAACCACGGCACCGGCCUUCCCUCCGGUUUCCCCUCUGGUCGUCCUACCCAGGUUCCCGGCGCCGCUCAGCCCUCCGGCGGCUUCGGUGGUGGCUUCCCUGGCUUCGGCGGUGGUGAGCGCCCCUCCGGCUUCCCUACCGGCGCCCCCGGCGCUGAGCCCACUGAGGCUGCUUAA